AUGGCUGAGAGCAGCCUCCAUCACAGUAUCACCAGGGAUGAUGUCUUCUAUUCUCUAUGGUUUGCAGGUACGGGCGUGCAGUGGUCCAACGUGGCCGAGCCUGUGUCGGUAGAUGACAGCUUCACCCUGCUCUACGUGAUGCUGAUGAUGCUUGUGGAUUCUGUCAUAUUCUGGCUCCUCACUUGGUACAUAGAGGCCGUCUUUCCGGGAGAGUUUGGUGUGCCCCAGCCUUGGUAUUUCCCGUUCAUGCCAUCUUACUGGUGUGGCACGAGACAACUGGAUGCUGCAGACGACGACCUACGGCAACCGUUGCUAGGCAACAGCAGCCACGGCGGAAAGAUGUUCGAGGCGGAACCGAGUGGGCUACGAGUCGGUAUUCAGAUGUGCCAACUUCGAAAGAUAACAGUGUUGCUUGGGCACAAUGGAGCAGGCAAGACCACUACCAUGUCGAUGCUCACAGGACUCUACCCUCCCACGUCGGGUACGGCGCAGGUGAACGGCUUUGACGUGAGGAGCGACGUACGUAGCGUGCGCAGCAGCAUGGGCCUCUGUCUACAACACGACGUUCUCUUCGACACGCUCACCGUCGAAGAGCACUCAUCUUUCUUCUCCGAGGAUAUUAAUGUGUACUACUAUGAGAUGGCUCAAGGAUGCCCGCGUCUGACGUUCCGGCCGAGUUCGCACAUGGUUGAAUCGAUGGGCCUGGAAGACAAGCGAACAGCGCUGUCUCGCACGCUCUCUGGAGGGCAUGAAGAGGAACUCUCAGUUGGCAAUGCACUCGUAGGAAGCAAGAUCGUCAUCCUGGACGAGCCGACGUCGGGCAUGGACUCCGACGUCGGCAUGGACCCGGUGGCGCGGCGCGCGACGUGGGACCUGCUGCUGGCGGAACGGCGCGGACGCACGAUGCUACUCACCACGCACCACAUGGACGAGGCGGACCUCCUCGGCGACCGCAUAGCCAUCAUGGCCGCCGGCGAGCUGCGCUGCUGCGGUGGCUCCCUCUUCCUCAAGAAGCGAUACGGUGCCGGCUAUCACAUGACGAUCGUCAAGGACGCUCACUGCGACGCCCACCAGGUGGCGUCGCUCGUGCGCUCCUACGUGCCGAGCGCCGAGAUGGAGAGUAACUCUGGCGCGGAGCUGUCGUUUGUUCUGCCGAGCGAGUCGGUGGGAAGCUUCUCGGAGCUGUUUGAUCGUCUCGACGCGGGCCGCGAGAAGCUGGGAGUGUGCAGCUACGGCGCCUCCGUCACCACCAUGGAGGAGGUGUUUCUCAAGGUGGGAGAAGGAAUGGACAUGAAUCUCAAGUCGGUGAUGAGAACUGAAUACAACACCAUGACCAGAUGCUCCAUAGACUUGGAUGUAGUGCCAAGCAGUAGCGAAGACCACAUGAAGCUGAACGGCGGCGCGCGGCUCUACGCGCAGCAGUUUCUCGCCAUGUUCCUCAAGAGAGCGUUGCACACCGCGCGCGCGUGGAAGGUCAUCGUCGCCCAGCUCCUCGUGCCGUGCGUGUUCACCGCGAUCACGCUCGUCGUCGUUCGCACGCUCCCGCAACUCCGCGACUCUCCGUCGCUUGCGCUCACCCUCGCGCCCUUCGGCCAGACGAUCGUCCCCUACUACGUGCCGCCAGGCGGCGCCGCGGGGCUGGCGCGCGAGUUCGCGGCGCAGUUCGAUGGGACGCGGGCGCGCACCGUCGACGUUUCCGGCGGCGGCGGCGGGGGAGCGGCGACGCUCGACGAAUACAUUGUUCGCGAGACGAACGCCGACGUCGGCCGCUUCCUGUCGCACUGCAUUGUGGCGGCCAUGUUUGGUGGCGGCGGCGGCGGCAGGGCGGAGACGACGGCGUACUUCAACAAUCAGCCGUACCACGCAUCGGCGAUCUCGCUCGGCGUGGCCGACAAUGCUCUGCUUAGGUUGUUCGUGAACGACUCAUACAGCGUGACGACGGUGAAUCACCCGCUGCCGCGCAGCGCGGAAGCGCAGAUCAACGACGUUCUCACGAAGAACGUCGAGGGGUUCAGCAUCUCCUUCAACAUGAUGUUCGGCAUGGCCUUCCUCACCAGCAGCUUCGUGCUGUUCCUCGUCAAGGAGAGGGAGUCGAAAGCGAAGCACAUUCAGUUUAUAAGCGGCGUCUAUUCGUCCAACUUCUGGUUGUCAACGUUCAUAUGGGACUUCAUCAAUUUCUCCAUUCCACUUGUGUGUAUACUGUUCAUCUUUCUGGCAUUCAACGUGCCAGCAUAUGUUGAGGAUGAACAUUUAGCGUACGUGCUGCUACUCUUGGUGCUGUACGGAUGGGCUAUGUUACCAUUCGUCUACAUAUGGUCGUUCUGCUUUUCUGUACCAUCUACUGCCUUUGCACGACUGACCAAGUUCAAUAUAAUAUCAGGCAUCGUCACCGUUCUGGCCGUCGCCAUCCUGUCGAUCCCCUCGCUCAACCUCGAGUGGCUCGCCGUCAACCUAGAGUGGGCCUUCCUCGUGCUCCUGCCAAACUACUGCCUCGGCCAGGCAGUGCAGGACCUCUACAACAACUACCAGUUCAACUCCAUCUGCGACCAGCCGUUCGUCGACUACAUAUGCGAGUUUACAAACAUGACCAUGGCCUGCUGUCCAGGGCACUGCGGCGGUAACUGCGUGCAGUACACUUCUAACUACCUCGCCUGGGAGAAGCCUGGCCUCGGCCGUCCGAUCUGCUUCAUGGCCGCUCAGGGCGCCGUCUUCUUCGUGCUGCUGUUCCUGGUGGAGGCGCGCGUCUUCCGCAGGAUGCUCUAUCUCGUUAAGAAGCCGGGAUCGGUCUCCAGCAUGCAGCAGGACGACAGCGGCUCGCGCGUGCCCGAGGACGACGACGUCGCCGAGGAGCGACGUCACGUGACCGCGACGCCGCUCGACUCGCUCUUCUCCACCAACAUGCUCAAUCCUCAGCUCAGCAAGAACUACGGCCCCCUGGUGGCGGUCGACGAACUCACCUUCGCCGUGCCGCAGGGAGAAUGCUUCGGUCUGCUGGGCAUGAAUGGAGCAGGGAAGACGUCGACCUUCAAGAUGGUGACCGGGGACGAGUCGAUAUCGUCUGGCGAUGCAUACGUUGCCCGAUACAGCAUCAAGACAAAUAUAAAGAACGUGCAGCAGAACAUCGGCUACUGCCCGCAGUUUGAUGCGCUCAUCGACCACCUGACGGGCCGCGAGACGCUGUACAUGUUCGCUCGCCUGCGCGGCGUGCCGGAGUGGCAGAUCCCGUCCAUGGCGAGAUACCUGCUGCGCGCGCUCCUGCUAGACCUGUAUGCCGACAGCUACGUGGGAGAGUACAGCGGUGGCACGAAGAGGAAGCUUAGCACGGCCGUCGCGCUGGUCGGCGACCCGGCGAUCGUGUUCCUCGACGAGCCGACGACGGGCAUGGAUCCCGUCGCGCGGCGCAUGCUGUGGGACGCGCUGUCGCGCUACCGCGUCAAGGGCAAGUGCAUAGUGCUCACAUCUCACAGCAUGGACGAAUGCGAGGCUCUCUGCACGCGCAUUGGCAUCAUGGUCAACGGACAGCUCAAGUGCCUCGGCACCCAGCAGCACCUGAAGACCAAGUUCGGCCAAGGUUACACGGUGCUGGCAAAGAUGGCCGCCGGCUCGGCCGCGCACGCCGAAGCCGGCGCCGCGCCCAACACUCAGCCUCUCGUUCAGCAUCUUCAGCAGAAAUACAAGGGAAAGUGUAUUCUGAAGGACGUUCAUUUGGGCUUCGUCCAUUUCCACAUCACCGACAUGUCGCUCAAGCUUUCCGAUAUCUUUGCUACGAUGGAGCACGCCAAGGCAGAAUAUCACCUCGACGACUACUCCGUGAGCCAGACUACGCUGGAACAGGUCUUUCUGAAUUUCGCCAAGGCUCAACGCACCGAAGACGAGAUUGCGACGUAGCCGGGGCGCAGAGGCCGUCGAUGCUCUAUGCACAUUUCUUAUACAUUCUUUGUGGGACGUUCAGUAUUUCAGGGAAAGUCGCCAUCGUUGUG